AGUUUGGGGACUGAGGCUGCUUUGAUGGACAACUUAUGCUGGAGUGGAAACUGAAAAAAAGGACUAUAUCCCUGUUCUGCUAGACUUUCUUGUAGCUUUUGGUCUCAUCAGCCAUCCUGUUUCUGGCAGCUUUUGGUACCAUCAGUCAUACUAUUCUUUUGGAUUGCCUGGCUAAGCUUGGACUUGGGGAUCAUGGUGGGCAAGAGGCCUAACUUGAAGAGAGAAGUGAAAUUCCCGGACUCCUGUUCUUGUACUGGCCAUAGAGAAUUUAUAUCUUAUCCCAUUCUAAUAUCUUUAUGAAGUCAGUGGGAAAAGUUAUCCAAAAGCUUGAAAUGCAGAAUCAUUGGUUUGAGCAUGAAGGAAACAAACCUCAGUUACAUAAAAAGAGGCAGUAGAAACCUUUCAGCCUUGGAGCAAAAAAAAAAGAAAGAAAGACAAAACUUAGUGAAAAUAAGGUAGAAAUAGCUUUAAUUAAUAAUCUGGGAUUGGGUUUUCAGCCUUUUGAAAGACAUGAUAGCACUCUUUUCAAAAUGUUUCUGGACCUAGCCCUCUUACUUGGAUGGUCAAACUGCAGUUAUAACAUUUACACAGCUUAGGUUAGGGGUUCUCAUCCUUGACAGGGAAGGAAGAUGUGGCCAUAUUGCAUGUGAUUUGUUCGCAUCCAGAUUAGAAUACUGUAUUACAAUUUCUACAUAACACUGUAUUUGAAAAGUGUCUGGAUCCACUGCUGGAACAGAAUGCUGCUCCCAUGGUAAUACUGGUGUUAGCACAGUAUUUGAGACAUUGAUCAGAUACUGCUCAAUUCUGCAUUUGUUUCCACUUUAUUUCAGAGCCCAGUUCAAAGGAUUGGUUAUUUCCUUCAAGGCCUUAAAUAGUUUCAUGUAAAUAUACUUCAGAUAGGUUUUCCCAUCAACUGAGAUAAGACAAAUUAAGUUCUAAAGUAAAGCUAAGUUUGGUGUAUAUGUAUGGACAAAGCUGCCUUGGUUAUGGUAAAUAGCUCUGAAACCUAUCUAGAUCUUCAUUACUUACUAGAAAUAUAACAAAAAUGUAUUCCCUUGCUUGGGUUGCUGUUGCUCAGUGUCGCUUCUGUCUUGUUUUUAUUGCUGCCCAUUGGGUCUUAAAUAAUUUUUUUACAUUCUAUUACUGCAGUGAAACUUCUGAGGCUUUUGGCCAAAAGUAGCACAUACAUUUUAAUACAAACAAUAUUAGUAUUAUUUAUUUCUAGACAUAUUUGUAGAGCCUGUAGCCAUGACUCUAAUAUUUUAUAUUUUGAAUAGGAAAGGGAGAUACUGCUAAUUAGAGAAUGGGAUAAAGGGUAUGCACAGACCAAAAUGAAUGUAUUAUGUUGAAGUUCUGUUUACAUUCACUUAAAACUUCUUGUGUAAUAUUCAAUAUCAGAAACUUACGUUAUUUUUCUAAAGGCAGUUAACUAGAAUUAUAGUAAUAAAUCCAAUUAGAAUAGUCAUUUAACUCAUUUGCUUUGAGCUGUUUUCUGGAUUUAAUAAAUACCUGCUUGCCCCAUUAUAUUUCGCCCAGCUGGAGAAAGGAUGUUGGCAAGAGGAAUGGGAAUGCUCAGCCCCUCCCUCUGUACCACAUGCCUAAUAUUCAACUACUUACCUCUUAGCUUCUUUAAAACGCACACAUGCAAAACACUGAUUGAAUUUUACAUACAUCACUGGACCCUUUGGCCAACUUCUUGAAGUAGUGAAUGUACUUUAGAGCUGAAUUACUACUGCUUUAAGUGAGGGCUUAUCUGUUUCCCAGUGUGCAGAAAAAACACUAUAGAAAACUAGCAGUUGGGGGGAAAGUUCUGUUGUCAUUUUCUCAUCAACCUACUAAUUUUCUUUGCAGAAGAGCCUUAAUUUUCCUUUGAACCAUUGAAUGUGGUCCAGUGGUUGCUUUGAACAGUUUAAUGUAGUUUGCUAUGUAGAUGAGACUAUCAGAAGUUUGGGAAACACUCCAAGAAAGGCUAUUUCUUACUACUUGUUACAUUGCAAAACAGCCAUCCCCCCCCAAAUUUAAUAUGAAGAAUUGUGAGUGCCAUGUUUAUUAAAACUCUAAUCAUUAAUUUUCAGUAUUAAUUAUAUGCUGAAUACAUCUUGAAAAUAAACCAGAGUUACUCCACUUGCACUAUUUCCAAAAGAAGGGUGGCGUGGGGUGGGUGGAAGUCCUAGUGUCACUCUGGUUUCUCCCCCUUCCCUGUACCCUCCCCGUUACCUGCCUACUGCAUAGGGCCUAUUUUCUGCCCCUGACAGUUUCUGCCUAACAAAUGGUGUUUCUUUUUUACAGCAUAAUGAUCCGGGACUUGUUGUGGUGAUGGUAAACUUAGUGGUAGAACAGAUCCCAUCCCUAUCGUUGUCAAAUAUGAUGUCAUGGGCAUGGGGCGGAUGGAAAUGGAGCUUGAUUAUGCCGAAGAUGCCACAGAAAGGAGGCGGGUCUUGGAAGUGGAGAAGGAAGAUACUGAAGAGCUGAGGCAGAAAUACAAGGAUUAUGUGGACAAAGAAAAGGCAAUUGCCAAGGCUCUUGAAGACCUUCGAGCCAAUUUUUACUGUGAGCUCUGUGACAAACAGUAUCAGAAACACCAGGAGUUUGACAACCACAUAAAUUCCUAUGACCAUGCCCACAAGCAGAGAUUAAAAGAUCUCAAACAAAGAGAAUUUGCUCGCAACGUUUCUUCAAGAUCCCGGAAAGAUGAGAGGAAGCAGGAGAAAGCCCUUCGACGUUUACAUGAGCUGGCUGAGCAGAGGAAGCAGGCUGAAUGUGCUCCAGGAAGUGGGCCAAUGUUUAGGACCACUACAGUGGCAGUAGAUGAAGAAGGAGGAGAGGAUGAUGUGGAUUCAACAUUUCCUGGUAGUUGCUCUUCCUCCUCACCAGCUUCUGGGCAAGCUACCAAUAUUACCGUGGAUAAGGGUAUAACUUAUGGCAGUGGGCAACUCAGUAGCAGUACUGGACUUAGUCAGGUUCCUGUCCAGAUAUCACAAGCUGUCGGCCUGGGAAUUAACAAGACAGGUGUGUCUUUCUCAUUUGCCAAGAAGGCCCCUGUAAAGCUAGAAUCAAUUGCCUCAGUAUUCAAAGACCAUGUGGAUGAAUCCAGUUCUCCUGAUGAUGAAGUCAAAACUGAUGAAAGAGCCCAUCCAGAUUCUGGAACUUUGGGAAAAAUUGUGGAAAUUGAGGGGACAGACAGCCCUGACAGCAAGGGAGAUGAAGAGGAGCAAUCACAUGAGAAAGAUACAUUAUCAAAGGUAAAAAAGAUGGAACGGGAUGAUGGGCCAGUGGCAGUAGAACCAGAGUAUUAUCACUACAUUCCUCCAGCACAUUGUAAGGUGAAGCCCAACUUCCAGUUUUUGUUGUUUAUGAAGGCAACGGACCAAGUAGAAGCAGAAGCUGCAAGCAAAAAAAUAGUCUGUGAAAGGAAACAAAGCAAUUCCCCCAAACUCAAAGUGGCGAAAAGUGACGAGAAGGAGACAGCAGUAGAAUGUGUGAUCCAUCAGAAGGAGCAGAGUCCUGCCAACCAAAACAACAAAAUGGAAGAUGAGGACAUUUUGGAGGAAGCAGGCAAGCAAGAAGGAAAACAACUUAAGGGAAACGAUUCUGUAGACUCAGAUGUCAUUAAAGAGAUUCCCCAGCCCACAGAAACUAGUAAAGAAAUCACAGAUGGGCCUAAACAUUUAACAGGGCCCUUCUUCCCUGUUCUGAGUAAGGAUGAGAGCACCACCCUCCAGUGGCCUUCAGAAUUGCUGAUCUUCACCAGAGCAGAACCUUCUGUGUCAUACAGCUGCAAUCCCUUAUAUUUUGACUUUAAGCUGUCUCGUAACAAAGACACUAAAAUGAAAGGAACAGAAAAACAGAAAGGUGCAGUAAACCUUUCUAAGGAGAAAAUACAGUCUGCCGAAAAUAGCGAUGCAAGCAAGAGCAAAGAGAUGGACCUUCUAGCUGGCAGUUCAACUGCAGUGCCAGAAAGCAAGUCCUUGGUAGUAUGUGGCAAGCAGGAAGUCAGCCCUAUAAGAACUGGCAAAAGUGAAAGUCUGGAAGACAGCAGCAAAGGCAAUCUUAUUAGUCGCAAGGACAAAACGGGGAAGUCUCACAAACACAAAAAGAAGAAGAAGCACAAAAAAUCCACAAAACGCAAACACAGGCGCAAAUGUGAGGCAGAGGAGAAAAGCAGAGAAGGGGACUUAGCAGAAGAUAAAUCCAAGAAACAGAAGAAACACAAGCACAAAAAGAACAAGGCUUCUUUUCCCACUGAGGCUGAACGGAUGCAAAGGACUGAUAAUGCCGGCUAUUCUAAAAAAAGAAAGUGGUGUGUGCAAGACUCUCAGAGGAAGUCUCUUUCUACUGAAGAAAGCAGUAAGAAAGAGGACAGUGGAACCUCUUCCCAAGACCAUGGCAACAAAAAAAUCAAGGGGGACUUGCAGCAGAAUUUGUCUGCAAGCAAAAGGCGACCUUCCACCUCCACUUCAGCUCACCCCAGUCAUCGAGGCCAACAGAGCAGUGGUGGCUAUGAGAGUGAUGGAGAUUCCUCCUGCCACAAGCACUUCAGACAGAAGUCAGCAUCACAGUAUAGCGACGAUUAUGACUCUGGCAGUGACUGUUCACGAAGCCGCUCCCGGUCAGGACAUAGACACUCCUCAAGAAGAUCAUCUCAGAGAUCCUAUUCAUCAACUUCAUAUGCUUCCUCUGACAAUAGUCGGUACAGCCGGCGACGUAGCUACUCGGAAGACAGCUAUAGUGAUUACAGUGACCGGUCACGAAGUCGUACUAAGCACUCCCAUGACUCAGAGGAUGAUUCGGAUUAUGCCAGUUCCAAGCGCAGGUCCAAGAGGCGCAAGUACUCCUCCUCCGAAGAUGACUACAGUCUGAGCAGAAGCAGGUCCCGGAGCAGGAGCAGAAGUCGAACACACACCAGAGGGAGGUCAAGGACUAGAAGUCGAGGAAGGACGCGCAGCAGUAGCUGUAGCCACAGUCGAAGUAAGCGGCGGAGCCGGAGCCGAACAGGACAUAGCUGGAAACGGAGUAGAAGCUACAGCCGGGAGCGCAGUCGGAGCACGAGAAGCCUUUCACAGAGAUCUCUCUCGCGGAAGGGGUCCCGUGGUCAUGAAAGCCCUGGGGAGAGAAGAUCUGGCCGACGUGAUUUCAUCCGGUCCAAGAUCUACCGCUCGCAGUCUCCUCAUUAUUUCAAAGCCAGACAAGGUGAAGGGUCUGCAAGAAAGGAAGAAGCAAGAGGAGAUGAAGCUACAGGAGCCUCCAGUCUCUCUCAGAAUAGCAGUGGUUCUAACUUUGGGACCAACUGUAACUCUGAGGAGAAGAAUUCUGCCACAGCUAAACUCCUUCUGGAAAAAAUCCAGUGUAGAAAAGUAGAGAAGAAAUCUAGCAGCAAUGAUGAUUCCAUUGCAGGACCUCACAAGGUUGGGAUUAAGCUGAAAGAUCCACCACAGGGCUAUUUUGGCCCGAAGCUUCCUCCCUCGUUAGGCAAUAAGCCUGUUCUUCCAUUAAUUGGAAAACUUCCUGCAGUUAGAAAGCCAAGCACCAAGCCGUGUGAGGAGUCUGGUUUAGAAAGAGGAGGAGAACUGGAACUACCAGAGCUGGAUGAAGCAACUCAUGAGAGCGGGGACACCGUUUCAGCAAGCCAGCCUCAGGUGGAAGAAGCCCUGGUGACUGGAAUACCGGACAGUGUUUUAGGUGAUCAGAACCCAGAAGAAGUGGCCGCAAAGCUGGCUCCUGUUCCUCUUGAGCCCCCAGUGCUCCCAGAGCGGUAUGGAUCUGGUGACCUGGUUGUGCCACACAACUUCCUCCCUGAUCCCAAUGAAAGUGAAGCUUUAGAGCCUCUUGACAACGGGAGCCAGCCUGUCUCUAUAGAAGGAAGGAUGGUACCUUUAGUCCCAGAUGUCGAGCAUUUCCCUAGCUAUGUAGCACAGGGUGGGGAGCCCAGCAUCAGUGGGGAGCCUGAGGGCACUGAGGACUCUUCUCUGGCACCUCUGGAGAGCCAGCCCAUCACCUUCACCCCAGAAGAGAUGGAGAAAUAUAGCAAGCUCCAACAAGCAGCUCAGCAGCACAUUCAGCAACAGCUCCUUGCCAAGCAGGUCAAGGCCUUUCCAGCCUCAGCUGCCCUAGCUCCCGCCACAGCCCCUGCCUUGCAGCCCAUCCACAUCCAACAGCCUGCAGCAGCUGCAGCCACCUCCAUUACCACUGUGCAGCAUGCCAUCCUGCAGCAUCAUGCAGCAGCAGCAGCCGCAGCCAUUGGAAUCCACCCUCACCCUCACCCCCAGCCUCUUGCUCAAGUGCAUCAUAUUCCCCAGCCCCAUUUGACCCCCAUCUCAUUGUCCCACUUAACUCACUCAAUCAUCCCUGGGCACCCUGCUACAUUCCUGGCCAGCCACCCCAUCCAUAUCAUCCCCGCUUCUGCCAUCCACCCAGGUCCUUUCACUUUUCAUCCUGUCCCGCAUGCUGCCCUCUACCCAACUCUCUUAGCACCACGACCAGCAACAGCUGCUGCCACAGCAUUACACCUCCAUCCCCUUCUGCACCCCAUUUUCUCAGGGCAGGAUUUGCAGCACCCUCCCAGUCAUGGCACAUGAAGAAGUGGGAAAGAUGUGGCCUCUUUUUGGGAGAGGACAGGGGCAUAUGUCUCUGUGUGCACUGGUGUUUUGUACAGACUGUUUGAAGGCCAUGACUGACACCGCCUGAGAAUAGCAAAAUGGGAGAACUGGGCAUGGAAAGGGGAACUGAAUGUAUCAUAUCUGCGGAAAGGGGGAAAACGUUGCUGGAGAUCUGCUUGUUAGUAUUUUCAGGGUCCUGUGCACCCAGGAAGGUGAUUUACAUCUAUAUGAAUGUGAAGUUCUUUAGCGGUUAUGCCCCUCUUAAUUGCUGAUGCUUGUGUUUUUAAAUUGUUUUCUCUCCACUCUGAAACGCUGAGUGAGUAAUAUCUAAAUUAUUUGCCUUCCUUAUUUGCUAUUUAUUUGAGUCCACUUUAAAGCUUAAAACUUUAAGCAAAAGAGCCAAGAGAUGGUCAACAUCUGGCCCAUUCCUUUGUUCCUCCCUCCACCCAACCAAGCACCAUUCUCAACAAGCUGCUGCUGAUCAUCGCAAACAGCAAGCUUCCUUCUCAAGCAAGCCUGGCCCUGCCAUCCUCCCUGUGCCACUGCCGCAAGGGAAGAGAAAGUAAUUCCUUUAUCAGUCUUUGAAGCAAUAUGUUGUACUGGAAUCCUGGGAACAUCCAGAACAUGACUUGUACUCUGUCCUCUGUAAUAUUUGGUGGUUCCUUAUUAACUUAUGAUUUUUUCGGAAGAGAAAAGGUUUUUAAAAAUUGCACUGAACUCUGUACAUGUCAAUGCUGCUUUUUGUAGCUCUUCUGACAAAUGUUCCAUAAUGAUAGUAUACUGCAAUAACAUUUUUUAUAGCUCGCUCUUUGAGUGGUACUUGUUCAGGUUGUUUGGGUUAUCUAUACAUUUUGAUGUAGUUGGAAAGAAAGCUUGCAUCAAAGGUUCAGAGCUUCUCAUUGUGGCAAAGGCACAAGAAGACUUCAAGCAUGUAUAUUCAAGCUCAGUUUUGUUUUCUUAGGUACCACGCGAUGGAAAAAAUUAGAGGCGUUUCAUUUUACAAGAGAAAAUGUGACAAGGUUUGGAAUAAAGUAAGGAGCAGCGAUAUGGACCCUUUUGUACCAUAGCUAAUGAAUUCCAUCGUGUGUAGUGACAUAUCUUGGAACAUCUGUAAAAAGAAAGCCAGCCUGAUACCACGGUCUUCACUGCCUCCUCUUGUCAGAAGCCAGGCUGCUAGUUGGAGAGAAGCAGCCCACUGGUGGGGCAGAGCAGAAAGUCCAGUUGACUUUCCAGGCAGAAGAAAAGGUGUGUCCCACAGAAAACUCUCAAAGCCUAAUAAUUUUUCUUGGGACUCAGAGUUAAGUCUUUGCAGCAACAUAGCUUCUUUAUAGAAGGGUGUGUGUGCACGCGCACUUGUGUUUAUGUUAAGGCUGUUUUUUAAAUGUGUGCCUUCAUAUGCUUUGGCAAGGUUCUGAGUGGUGUGCUUUUAUCUGGAUUCCUUCCAGAAUGAUAGGUUGCCUGACUUCACAGGUGUUCCUUCUGAUGGAGGGGAUGUCUGCCUUAGGAGAGGCAGAAUAAUUUUGUUACCAUUCCCACAGCUUCCAUCUAAAUUCAUGAUCUCUGGUGGGGAAGAAGAAGGCUACAAAAGAAAACGAGCUUUCUGUAAAGCCAUGGCUAUUUAUGACCUAACUCCAACUACUGCUAGUGUUGAUCAUGGAAAAUGGCCUCCACUCCAAAACUUCAGAUAUAACCACUGUUACUUGCUAUUCUGAAUCUUUCAGGCUCUAGGCUUCCUUACACUUUGCC